CAAGAGCAAACUCCGCAACAUCUUUACGAUUCAAAAACCAGUAUGAAAGGUAAAAAUAAUUUGAAUCAACCAAAGAAUGAGAUCGAAACCUUGGGUGAUAUAAACAUGGACGUUAUUAGAAGUCAAUAUAAUUCUACGGGCCCAAUGGACAUGAGAUCAUUGGAUCCUGCUAGAGACGCAAAAUAUUUUUCGAAAUGGGAAAAGAAUUUAAAAAAAUUAAAUGGAUUUAUAGACCAGAUUAAUCGCAACGGAUCUAAUUUUGAGCUACCACAAGAACUUAGAGGCUCAAAACUGUCGACAAUAUCAGCUGAAUAUAUAAAUAAAACUUACGUAUUAAUUAAUUCUAUGAAUGGCACUACUUCCCAUAUGAGAAAUAAUCCGGAACAACUCGGUACAUUAGUACAGGAUUUAAUUCAUACGCAUAUUGGUCCUUCCUCAUUUGACACAUCAGAUAUAAAUGCUAGUAAAUCACAUGAAAAUCUGACGCGUACGCCACAUGAACAAGUGGUUAAUAAAUUGACAGAUUCGGAGGCAGAAGAUUCAGAUUUAGUCAUUGAGAACCCUUUAUUAAUGAAGGAUGUUGUUAUUAAUUAUAAUCGACCUUUAAUGGACGACAACAAAGUUUCCAUUACUCCUUCAUAUAAGCAAUCCCGGAGUCCUGAAAAAAUAGCUACAAGUUCAGGUGGCCAAAAAAAUGUUAGCAUUGUUCAACCUUCGAGUUCAAAGACUCCCAUUUACCACGCUGAUGUUAUUCCUAGUAAACGUUCCUCUGAUUGUGUAGCCCAAACUUCAUAUAAAAGAGCAAAAUCUUCAUGUCAGGAGAUAUCUCAUGGAAGAUUUGAAUCUGUUGAUCGUAGUAAAUGGAGAGAAGAAACGCCCGGACAUAUCGUUUUGUUAGAUAGCGAUGAUGAUGAGAGUGAUGCGGAAGACAAAUUCGAUCCA